AAUAUAAAAUAUAUGUAGGCAAAUGAUCUGGAAUUGAAGGGCAGCUGUGGAUUUGUUUGAAUGGUUUACACAUUUUGGUCAUACUGCAUGUUUGUGUCAGAUUUUGCUUUCUCAUCGAACAACAACCGUUGUUUAUACUGCACAUGUUUAUAUCCCAAGUCUUAUGGUCCCGUUCGGCAACUAGUUGUUAGCGGUUAACUUUCUGUUUAUGUUUUCAGUGGGAUUCUGUAGUUAGCUGUAGGCCUCUGGGAUAUUAUGAGAGGUUGAGGCAGUUCAUAUUAUUCACAUUGUUAAAGAGCAGUGGGAUUCUGUAGUUAGCUGUAGGCCUCUGGAAUUGAUCUUAGAGAGCAGUUGACUGGGAGAGAAUGGCAGGGGAGGAUGCUAAGGAGACGCUCUUGAAGAAAGAUUACUAUGAGAAUUGCUCAGGGUGCAAGGUUGAGCAGUAUAAAGCGGCGCAGCGUGGUUUGCCUGUGAAGCAGCUUUUCGUGAUAUGGAUUAUAGUGCUCGCCACAGUGCUGCCUAUAUCAUCUCUCUUCCCUUUCCUUUACUUCAUGGUAAGGGAUUUUAAUAUCGCAAAACAAGAAGAAGAUAUUAGUUAUUAUGCUGGUUUUGUGGGGUCAUCGUAUAUGCUUGGAAGGGCUCUGGGAUCUGUCUUUUGGGGAAAAGUUGCAGAUCGAUAUGGUCGCAAACCUGUUAUAAUCAUAGGCACUUCAACAGUAGUUAUUUUCAAUACUCUAUUUGGUCUUAGUUUGAACUACUGGAUGGCUAUUAUUACGAGGUUUCUUCUUGGAUGCUUAAACGGUUUACUUGGACCUAUAAAAGCAUAUGCAUGUGAAAUUUUCCGGGAAGAACACCAGGCCCUGGGACUAUCAACUGUUACUGCAGCAUGGGGCACCGGGUUGAUAAUUGGACCUGCUUUGGGAGGCUUUCUUGCACAGCCUGCAGAUAAUUAUCCGGAUCUUUUCUCCUCACAAUCUCUUUUUGGAAGAUUCCCAUACUUCUUGCCUUGCCUUGCUAUAUCACUUUUUGCGCUGGUUGUGGAUAUCGCUUGCCUUUGGCUUCCGGAAACAUUGCAUAAGCACGAAUCAGAUAGCAUUUUAGAUGUCGACACAAUUGAAAAAUUGGAGAGUGCACCCUUUGUGUCUGAAGCCACUGAAUAUACACAUGAAAAGAAAGGAUCAGAUCCUCAAGGAAGCAUAUUUACCAACUGGCCGCUAAUGUCAUCUAUAAUUGUUUACUGUGUUUUCUCGCUUCAUGACAUGGCUUACUCAGAGAUAUUUUCAUUAUGGGCUGUGAGUCCUAAGAGGUUAGGGGGCCUGAGUUUUACCACUGAGGAUGUUGGUGAAGUUCUUGUGAUCUCAGGUAUUGGACUUCUGAUCUUCCAAAUUUUGGUGUACCCACUAUUGGAGAAGAAAGUCGGCUUUAUCAUGAUUGCUCGCAUAUCAGGAGUUAUUUCUAUCCCUCUUCUGACAAGUUACUCAUUUAUAGCCACAUUGUCUGGUUUAGUCCUCGUAAUUGUGCUAAACUGCGCUUCAGUAUUGAAGAAUAUAUUAUCUAUUUCAAUUAUAACUGGCUUGUUCAUAAUGCAAAACAGGGCAGUGGACCAAAAUCAAAGAGGGGCUGCGAAUGGCCUUGCCAUGACUCUUAUGUCACUAUCUAAGGCUGUUGGUCCAGCAGUUGGAGGAGCACUCCUUUCCUGGGCACAAGGCCGCCUAAAUGCUGCCUUUCUACCAGGUGCACAGAUGGUCUUCUUUAUACUGAAUGUAGUCGAGGCAAUCGGAGUGGCAAUGACUUUCAAACCAUUUCUAGUAGAACGGCAGAAAUAAAAAGUGUUUAGGCUUGGACAUGGAUAAGUUUUAUCUAUUCUUUUUGUCAAUAUAAUCUGGUAUUUAAACUUCAGAUUAGUUAGUACAUGAUCUGUGCAGUUCAGAUAUGAAAUGCCUGUUGUUGAGAAAUUAUUGUCUGGGCAACAUUGACACUCAACUUGGUCAUAUAUAGUUAAUAUAAACACCAGACGUGACAGUGUAUUCAUUGAUGUUGAAUGUGAGCGGAGUCAUUUGUCAUUUA